AUGUCGUCCACUACCACCGCCACGAUCGCCUCGGAGGCUGCCGAGGAGCGCAGACGAGUCCACCACCAGGCCGAUGUGCUGAUUGUCGGGGCGGGCAUCGCCGGCUGUGCCUUGGCGGUGGCCCUGGGGAGACAGGGACGGAGUGUCUUGCUGCUGGAGAAGUCGCUCAAGGAGCCUGACCGUAUCAUCGGCGAGUUCCUGCAGCCCGGCGGCGUGCAGGCGCUGGAGCAGCUGGGCCUGAGCGACUGCCUGGAGGGCAUUGAUGCCAUCCCCGCCAAGGGCUACGACGUCAUCUACCACGGCGAGCAUGUGCAGAUCCCCUAUCCCAAGGAGGACGGCCCUUCGUCGCCUGCCGCCGAGGGCCGGUCCUUCCACCACGGCCGCUUCGUCAUGAAGCUGCGCGAGGCCGCCAUGGCGAGCCCCAAUGUCACCGUUGUCGAGACCACCGCGACCUCGCUCAUCACGGCGCCCCGGACGAAAGAAGUUAUUGGUGUCGAGUGCACGAGCAAGGGCGCCGACACCCCGGACUGCUACUUCGCGCCCCUGACGGUCGUCGCAGACGGAUACGCGUCCAAAUUCCGGAAAGACCACCAUCCGCACACGCCCAAGGUCAAGUCGAGGUUCUGGGGCCUCGAGCUGAUCGACGCGGAGCUGCCGAUGAAGUACCACGGACACGUCGUGCUGAGCGACAACCCGCCCGUGCUGCUGUACCAGAUCGGAACGCACGAGACGCGGGCGCUGGUCGACAUCCCCGAGAACCUCCCGUCGGCGUCGGUGAAGAACGGGGGCGUCAAGGCCCAUCUGCGGAAUGUCGUGCUGCCCUCGCUGCCCGAGUGCGUGCAGCCGUCUUUCCUCGCGGCCAUCGAGAAGGGCAAUCUCCGCUCCAUGCCCAAUUCGUUCCUGCCCCCGGCCACGAACAAGACGCCCGGGCUGAUCAUCCUGGGAGAUGCGUUGAACAUGCGCCAUCCGCUGACGGGCGGCGGCAUGACGGUGGCCUUCAACGACGUGGUGAUGCUGCGGGAUCUGUUGAGUCCGGAGAAGAUCCCUACUUUUGCAGACACGGACCGGGUGAUGAAGCAGAUGUCCACGUUCCACUGGCGGCGAAAGAGCUUUGCGUCGGUGAUCAACAUUCUAGCCCAGGCGCUGUACAGUCUUUUUGCGGCUGAUGAUGACAACCUCCGCAUUCUCCAACGCGGCUGCUUCCGCUACUUCCAGCUCGGCAUGAUCGACGGACCCAUCGGCCUGCUCGCAGGCCUGAUCAAGCAGCCCUCGGUUCUGUUCUGGCACUUCUUCUCCGUCGCCUUCCUCUCCAUCUGGCUGCUGUUCGCCGAGACGCCGUUCUACCGGUGGCCGCUGGCCAUUUUCCGGUCCUUUGCCGUCUUCUGGACUGCCUGCGUCGUUAUCUUUCCGUAUAUCUUUGCUGAGAUGAGGCGAUAG